AAAACAAACGGGCACGUGAUCGCUUCGUAGCGCAUGCGCGACUGUCUGUCAAAAUUAUCAUAUGUUGUAUCGUAUUUUGCGAGUAGCAUACUUUAUGCAGUCAAACGCGCGAUAAGAAUAAUUUUCUUCAAUUGAUAGUUUAAGACAAGUUAACGACUGUGUGCCCAAGUUGUACUUUCUGUGAAUGGCACAUGCAUACGUUAGGUUAGGUUAGGAAAAUACGGUGUUGUAUGAGAAACACGGGGUGCGUAGACACGUAGGUGAACUGCGCGCAAUCGAGUCGAAAAGCGAUACAACGAUGAAGCAACAGAUAAUUGAUUCCAAGGCGAAUCCUAGCACGACCGGGGAAGCCGAUGACUGUCUCUUCGAGUAUCUACACGCCGAGCUGGUCAACUACGUCUUGAGCAGAUCGUCCAACACCGCGGAUGGCGAGGAGGAACUCUCGCGUUUGGAGUGGAUGGGAUUCAGCGUCGGGUACAGAAUUAUCGAACGACUAACGAGAGAGUGGAGCAGGUUCAAGGAUGAACUGGACAUGAUCAAGUUUAUCUGCACGGACUUCUGGUCCAGUCUGUAUCACAAACAGAUUGAUAAUCUCAGAACUAACCACCACGGGGUGUACGUGUUACAAGACAACGCCUUCAGGUUGUUAGAUAAAGUCGGCACGAGCAACAGCAAACAAUAUCUCAAGGAGAGCCCACGUUUGCUGGCUUUCACAUGCGGCCUCCUCCGUGGUAGUUUAGCGAAUCUUGGCAUUAUUAGCACCGUUACAGCGGAAACCACCACGUUACCGAGCUGCAAGUUUCACGUUCAAGUUCAAAAGAUUUAAUAGCCAUUCUGAACAACUUGAGAAAUAAGGUGCAGAAGUGUAAAAAGGUAUAUAUAACAAAAUAUCUCUCAUAUGACAUAUAAAGAGGAAUAUAAUAGGUAUUCGUCGUACAUCAUAUUUUUAUUGUAUUUAAUGGAAAGAAAAUUAAUAUUCUGAAAAAUAAAAUAAUUCCAAAAUUCGCGCAAUGCAUAUUUGUCUGUAAGUUCAAAUAAAAAUCGAUUCCAGAAUUA